CUCUUGCACAAAUCAUGUCCCUAACCGUCAAACCUAAUCAGGAGGAGGAUAAUAAACCAUUGGCACUACACGGUACAAUAUAUGCUCAUUAUAUUGGUGUAUAUAAAACACCAAUUACCCAUCAAAUUUACAAACGAGAUGCUGAUGAUGUCCCUGACAUUUUAGGAAUCGACGGUAGUUUGACUCUCAAUGGUCCGGAUUAUUUGUGUCACCCUGAUCAUGCUUAUUUGCAUUUGAUUCAAAGUAGUAGAGUAGACGUGAAUUUAUAUGAUCAGACCAACAACAUAUUUGCAGGAAUAUCUUUCUAUUUGGAUAAUGAUAUCGAUAAUAGUUAUUACGAGCAAGUUAAAUCUAUGGUAAUUCCUUGCCAACAAGGGUCCCUUACUCUUCACUACAUUGCGAUUCCAUUUGGUAUUCAUUCUCGAUUACAAGUUACAAUUCCUAUGACAAAAGAACAGUUUGAAAAACAUGAAAUUUACAAUGUCAAUGGGAAAAUUGUUGCUCGCUAUACUGACACGUAUGGAAACUAUUCAGCUCAAGAGUGUGUCCUUUUCAAGAAGCAAGAUGAUGAGUUUGAGCGAGUUGAAUCUGGUCAUGUAAAACUUUCCCGAUGUUGGGUGUCGUUACCUGCAUAUUCAUCCCUUAUCAUUGAAGUGGAUUUAUCAGAGUUUGGAUCAAGGCGAAAGAUUGCAAAGUGUACUAAAAAGUUGUUACCUCGACAAGGGUUGAUGUCUGUAGGAUCGUUAUUGUCAGGUGAUAUAGAUAUAUGGGUUGGUGCAGCAUGGUUCUCACCUGAUCCUUUUGGACGAAUUGAUUAUAGGUGUUCAACCAGUUUGCCACAAAUCCCGGCAGAAAAUCUGAAACAAAAUAUUGAAGAGAUGGAUACCGAUGGAGAGGACAAGUCCUCUGCCGAUGAUGAUGGUGAGUCUACUGACGAUGAUGAUACUGAUGGAGAUGACGAGUCUUCUAUGCAUGCUUUUUCCAAAGAAAAAAAGUGUUCUGGUUCUUUUGAUGAUGGCGAGUCUCUUGUUGCUGACGAGUCUGGUGAUGUGUUGUCAUCCAGCCUUAACCGCGGCUCGUGGUGUCUUCCCUCUCAUAAAAAUAUACCACGGUCAUCUUUUGCUGUGGAGAUAUUCUCGGUCUUUAUUGGUCGAGAAAAGUCAAAACCAGUGCAGAUUUACGGUUCAAUUGAAGUUUUGUGUGACGAUAGAGAACUUUGUUAUAUCUUUAAAAGAGAUGAAAAUGAGGCAUUGAUGUUAUCUGAGGAUUUAAAAUUCAUACCUAUACCAGAUGGAUCUCGGGCUUUUUCCGAUUGUAGUUCACUGAAAAUGAAGUUUGACAUCAAAGAUAUUGAGGGUUGUUUAGCUAUAAAAGGCUACGUGGACUGGGCGGCUUCGACUCUUGAUUCUCCUUUUUGGUACAAGAAGCAGUUGUGUAAUUUAAUUCAGGGUCAAAAAGGAGGAUUUGCGUCGGUACAUUAUUCAAUUUUCGAAUAUGCGGUUCGUGUUACCAUUAAGGUGUUAUUAAACCUCAAAUCAGAGAGUUUUGAUGUUAAUCCUAAGGUUUGGGGUAGCCUUGUAACUCAAUAUAGUAGUCAUGAUUAUUCAUCGUGCUAUAAGAAAGACAACUACCGGUGUGUGUUGUUCAAUAGGACUCAAGAUGAUCCGUUUCAAAUAAGUGAUGAUUCGACAAUUUCACUUUCAAGGUCUACGAUUGUCGUGCCAUCAUAUUCCUCUCUUAUUGUCGAUAUAGACCUUUCUGGCUUCUCCGAGCAAAAGUUGUCAUGUGUUAAAAUGAUUAAGAUUGGUGAAGGUUUCAAGACUGUAGAGACAAAUGAUUAUCUCUUUCGUAUUGAGUUAGAUUGGUGUAAGGUUAAGUGAUAUUUAUUGUAUAGGUGUUUCUGACCUUUAAAUAAACUUACAAGUGAGAUUAUGUUAUUGCUUUUGUGGAGGUUGUUUAGCUAUUUUUUGCCUUCAAAUAGAUUUCAAACUAUAAGAGUUAUUUAUUGACAUACUUUAUUUAACCUUCUAAACUUGCAUUUGGAGAU